UAGAGAAGUCCAAACCAUCAUGGAUAAUAAUCAUCUCAAUUUCUUUCAAAUAUUCAAAAAAUUCUUCAACCCUCGUCAAGAGCUCAUGCAUGAGAGAAAUAUCUUGACACACAUAAUGAACCCAGAACCCAGCCAUCUGAACAAAAUUCAAGUAACGCUUGAGGAGUCAAACCAAACGGCAUCUAUCUUGGAUACUUGCUUGUUUGGAUGAAUCAAAGCGUCAUGUUCAGUAGCGUACAUCUCAAGGAAGAGCGAACAUAGCGAAGAACAGUGCUAAAAACCUCUUUGUAAUACGAACAAAUCCAAUCGGGUGUAUAGAUAUGAAGAUUGAUCGUAUACAAGGCUUGAUUUCAAUCCAGUCCGACUACACGCAGUACGGAGCCGACGAACUAUGUGAAUCAUAUUGCCAGUCUAUUCAGCCCAGACCUAAGGCAGAUCGCGUACGAGGUAGCGAGGGGACGCCCAAGUGCUGGUACUGCAAAAGCGAAGAAGACGAAACAAUCGACCAUUUUUUUCUCUCGUGCGCGAAAUUCGACGAAAUCCGAUAUGACCUUCUUCAGGAGAUGAAAACCCGUCUCGAAGCACUUGGGGAUGAAGGAAUCCAGGCUUGGCAUUCUUUCAAUCGAGGCUCUUUAUCUCUGCAGUCCCAGAUCAUACUUGGUGUCCUAAGUUUUGGGGGCGUGGUUGAUGACGUCAUUGUUCAGUUUCGGGAGCAGUACGUCGCUAAAGCGUGGAAUGAAAGGAUUGUGAUUUAAUACGUGUUGGGCUUCCUGUGUCCCAAAAGAACAUGACUAAAGAUGACUGGUCUUAGUUUAAAGAAUAGAUCAAAGUCAAUUUGAAUUUCGAUCAUUGGUUGCGCAGCGUGUGCUGGCGGGAAUCGUGGCACCUCUGAUGAACCAAUGAGUAAUAUGGAGGAUGUCAAAUAUUUGAUUGGAAUCAAAUUGUUUAUAACAAUCGUACUUUGCUGUCUGUCUGUUUGUCUAAUAUCUCAUCGUGAUUCGCAGAGAAGGGUAGUUCUGGAGGGGAGGGGUGGGUGGUGAUGUAGUCUCGAAAUAAAACUGAUGGCACUAAAAUUCAUUUUUCUGAUAUGGAUCAAAGGAUUUUCCUUUCUUGACUCAAUAUAGAUCAAUAACUGUAUAAAAGCGCGCUUUGUAUGACCGUCAAAAAAAUKAUUUGUGGACAUAACGUGCUGUGGCAAUCAAUUGAUACCAUCAACGUUGUUAAUGAUCAAGCAUUACGUGUACCUUAGUGAACACAAUCUCAAUCAGAAAACAUAGCUUUAAAAAUUAUUUCAAUUGCUUAUACUGAAAUAAA